AUGGCGUUUCUCACGAGGCUUGCUUCGGCAUGUCUUCUCUUGGCGAGCGUGGCCGUGGCCGUCGAACCGAUUGUCGUCUCGCAGCAGCAAUUCGCGGAUUCCAAGAGCGGGGAUCGCUUCAUGAUUGUGGGCGUUGACUAUCAGCCCGGCGGACAAGGCGCGUACGGCGAGGCCAACUCCCAAGAUCCGUUGAGCAAUGCGACGGUAUGCUUGAGGGAUGCGGCGCUCAUGCAAGAGCUGGGAGUCAACACCAUUCGUUCUUACAAUGUCGACCCGACCCUCAAUCACGACGAAUGCGCCUCCAUCUUCAACUCGGUGGGCAUUUACAUGCUCCUCGAUGUCAACUCGCCAUUGGCAGGCCAGUCAAUUGAUCGUAGUCAGCCGAAGAACAGCUACAACUUGCCUUAUCUCGAGCACAUCUUCUCGGUGGUGGAAGCGUUCAAGGACUACCCGAACACUUWGGGCUUCUUCUCGGGCAACGAAAUCAUCAACGACAUUCCCACUGCCGGUCCAAAUCCACCCUACAUUCGAGCCGUCACUCGCGAUCUCAAGCAGUACAUCGCCGCUCAGGCGUCGAGGAAGAUUCCCGUCGGCUACAGUGCUGCCCAAGUCCAGGAGGUGCUCGAGGAUACAUGGGCAUACCUUCAGUGCAACAAUGCCGACGGCGACGACGAGGACAUGUCACGUUCGGACAUGUUUGGUCUGAAUUCGUACUCCUGGUGCGGUGAUGCCUCCAGCUUCCAGAUCGCAGGCUAUGACAAGUUGGUAUCAUGGUUCAGCAACACCACCAUUCCCGUCUUCUUCAGCGAAUAUGGUUGCAACGACCCCACACCUCGCCUCUUCCAGGAAGUCCCGGUCCUCUACGGCCCACAAAUGACUGUCUUGUCCGGUGGGCUCGUCUACGAGUGGACGCAGGAGUCAUCCAACUACGGUCUCCUGCAAGCCAACGACAACGGCUCCGCUAGCCUCCUCGGUGACUUCGACAGACUGCAAGGCCAAUUCAACAAGCUGGACAUUAGCCUCAUUACCGCCAAGAACGAGACUGCCACCAAUCUCCAACCACCGCGUUGUAAUUCCAGUCUCAUCAGCAACGAUGGCUUCAACAACUCCUUCGACAUUCCUGCAGCUCCUCAGGGUGCCGCUGCACUCAUCUCGAACGGUGUUAAAAAUGCCCCAACAGGAAGCAUCGUCGCUGUCACUCAGACCAGUGUCGAACUUCCAGUCUACGCGACCAACGGUGCUCAAAUCCAAGAGCUCAUCAUCAAGCCCGCCGCCGGGGCUAACGAGCCCGGUGGAGGCAGAGGCUUUUCGACGGGCGGAUCGCCUUCUCCGACUACUUCUACGAAGAAGGGUGCCGCUGCACAGGCUACUGCCGGUGUAUACAACGGGGCUGGCGCAGUUGCUGCCGCUGUGUUUGGUGUGGGUGCUCUAAUCUUGUGA